GGGCCAGAGGAGGGACAGCCUGACGCAGCCAGCCCUGACUCAACCUGCCAGCCCCCUUACCUGUCAACCUUGAAGAGAUGAGACAGCCCAGCCUAUAAGGCCUGCCCCCACUCCUCAUCUUCCCUUGAUAAUGAACCAGAAACUGAAACUAAAACAGGCUGGAGUUAGAGAUGAGUCACUUCCCCAAGUGACUGAAGUAGCCGAGAAGUGGCAACAGAGAGGCAGAAGAGAACCCAGGGCACUGAGACAGGACUUUCUGAGGGUCGCCUAGGAGCAUGGCAGGCAGCCCAGAGGUGGUAGCCAUGGACUGUGAAAUGGUGGGACUUCGGCCUCAAAGGGUGAGUGGCCUCGCCCGCUGCAGCAUUGUGAACGUCCAUGGCGCAGUCCUGUAUGACAAGUACAUCCGGCCUGAGGGAGAGAUCACGGAUUUUAGAACCCAAGUCAGCGGGAUCACGCCUCAGCACAUGGUGAGGGCCACACCAUUUGGUGAAGCCAGGCUAGAGAUCCUGCAGCUUCUGAAAGGCAAGCUGGUGGUGGGCCAUGACCUGAAGCAUGACUUCAAUGCCCUGAAGGAGGAUAUGAGCAAAUACACCAUCUACGACACGUCCACAGACAUGCUUCUGUGGCAUGAGGCCAAGCUGCACUACUACAGCCGCGUGUCCCUGAGGCUGCUGUGUAAGCGCCUGCUACACAAGAGCAUCCAGGUGAGGAGCCUCCUGGCCCCCAUGACCCUUCUUGUCUCUCUCUUCUCCCUCCUCUCCUUUCCUCUUCCUCCACCCACUCAGAUGAGCAGAUACUCUUCCUCUUUCCCCUUCCUGUCCUCCUUCAAGCAAGGAGUUCUCCUUUCUCCCUUAGUCCUCCCUCUCCUUUCUUGCUUCUAAAAGUGAGGAUCUCACCCUCCUCCCCAUGCUCCCACUCCUCCUAAGGGCAGACCACUCCCACCUGCCUAAGCUGGCUCCAGAUAAGGAGCCUUUGCAGCUUGCUGGGUCCAGGACUGUACACCAACACUUGAGGAGCCCCAGUGCAGACGCGUGACCCCAAGACUCUUUCCUCCACUCUCGAGAGAUUGGAUGCUUUCAUGUGUGAUGUGUCUUUGGCUUCAGGAGACCAGAGUCCAGGAAAGGAAUUCCAAAAGCCUCUUUGUGAGGUGAUCUCAGGAGUUCCCCGUAGGGAAGGAGAGGGGAAAGUCCCUGGUUCAGGCUUCUUGGUUUAAACCCUGUGUACCACAAGGUUUAUGCCACAACAGCCUCCCUCCUCACAGAGAAGUGGUGGAAAGCCUGCACCUCCCAUGGGCCAUAGUGGGUCCUGACAGCUGGGGAUUCCUGUCCUGGAUCAACCGGUGCUGUUCCUAGGUGCUACCACCUCUGCAGUAUGUGACAUAGGACUCACCCUCACCCAAGUAAGAAGAGCUGUGGGUGGGGACAAACCCUAACAGCCAAACACUACAUAAGGGCCCUUCUAGUCAGC